AUGUCAGUGACAUUGUCACUCAGUGACAUUGAUGAAAAGAUAGAACAAAAUGCUACAAGCAUAGAACAUUGCAUUAAGGAAAUACAAUCUGAAGUUAACAAGCAGUGUCCAGAGGUGCAGCUGCAAACGACAACUGACUGUUUUGAGUGGCUAGAUAACUAUAAUUGUAAUUCAUCCAAGUCACCUUCCCUUCCCCAUGGAGAUUUGAUGAAAUUCCUCAAAACACCACAAGAUUCGUUGAAGAGUGAACUGAAUCAAGAAGAAGUGAUCCUGGAUUCACUUUGGGAUCUCUCCUGCCAGAGCAGCACUUCAUUCCCGGCAACUCUAAGUGGAGCAUCUUUCCAUUUCCUCUCUGGGACUUCUCUUCAUUCUGUUGAAGAUGAUUCCUCCAUGGAUGCACAGUCCAUCUGGGAUAACAUAAGACUGCAUCUUUGACGCUUCUCAGUGAACAAAUUACAAAGCCAUAAUGAAAUCAUCGAUUCACAGCACAAAAUUUGGUUGAAAAAGCAGUGCAUACAACAACUGUUGUUUCUUUAUCCAGAAUCGGAAGUUAUAAUCAAGUACCAAAGCAUACAGAAUAAACUGUUGGCUGAGCUCCUACAGAACUGUUUUCCUGCUUAUAGCAGAGAAUCGAAUUUAGACAUAAUGGCUCAUGGAUACCAAAGUACAAUGCUUAAGUUAUACUCAAUGAUAAAAGAGGAUUUUAACACACUACAUGAAGUUUUAGCUCCCACCUCAACGGUGAAAUUCAUUAAACAAACUUUCCUGGAU